AUGGCGCCUGGCAAAUGGGAUGACGAAGAGUCUGGCAGUGCAUCCGACACUUCACCUGCAGCUGCACCCAUCGCACGCCGCAGCAAAUUCGACGACGAGGAAGAAGAUGAUGAUGUCCUAGAAUCAUGGGACGCUGCAGAGGAUUCCGAGGUCGAGCGCGAAAAGGCAAAGAAAGCGGCCGAGGCAAAGGCAAAGGCUGAGGCAGAGGCCAAGGCCAACCACAAGUCCAAGGCACAAAGGAUCGAGGAGCACAGACAGGCAGCCCUGCGCCGGCGGCAGAUGGAUGCGGAUUACGAGUCGGAAGAAGAGGAUGAAGCCGAGCGACGCGCUCGUCUGCGACAACAGGAGAUUGAUGGUUCGCGCGCCCAGGCAGAGGAGCUCUUCGGUGAUCUGGCUAUUGGCAAGAAGAAGACUGGCAAGGCCAUCACCGUCACCGACGAGAACGAGCCUGGCAAGGCCAUCGACUUGAGCAGCCUCUCCAUCUUCAACCCCCACACCAAGGACCAGUUUACCAAGCUCCGCGAGACGCUCACACCACUCAUUGCUGCUAACUCCAAGAAGGGUCCAUACACUCUCUUCCUUCAGGAAUUCGUCAAGCAAAUCUCAAAGGACCUGCCAAGUGAGCAGAUCAAGAAGAUUGCAAGUGGCCUGACCACACUCAGCAAUGAGAAGAUGAAGGAAGAGAAAGCUGCAGAGAAGGGUGGAAAGAAGACCAAGGCGGCCAAGACGAAGACUACGCUCAACGCUGCACGCGACGUUGGCGUCAGGGCGGACACGAGUGCCUAUGAUGACGACUUUGGCGAUGAUGACUUCAUGUGA